GCAAGUCUUGCAAUUGUUUGUGAGUGAGAGAUUAGCAAAGAGAGGAGUUUCCAUUUUUGGAAUAAACAAAGAUGGCUAUUUCUGGCCACUGGGCAUUUGCUUUUGGUGUCCGUGGAAAUAUUGUCUCGUUUAUUGUUUUUCUCUCUCCACUGCCUACAUUUUAUAAAAUUUACAAGAAGAAAUCAACAGAAGGCUAUCAAUCAAUUCCGUAUGUGAUUGCUCUAUUCAGUUCCAUGCUUUGGAUAUACUAUGCAUUUCUCAAGACCAACACGACCCUUCUCAUCACUAUAAACUCCUUUGGGGUCUUCAUUGAAACUAUUUACGUUGGUUUUUACCUUUUCUACGCACCAAAGAAAGCCAGGAUCCAAACAGUGAAGAUGCUUCUUUUAACAGUGGUUGGUGGAUUUGGUGCAAUUAUCCUCAUUGCUCAGUUUCUAUUCAAAGGUGUCGCUCGUGGGCAAGUGGUUGGAUGGGUUUGCCUUGUUUUCUCCUUAUGCGUGUUUGCAGCAGCUAAAGAAGAGAAGCUGCCCAAGCUGCAAACUGUGCAGGCCUAAGACUUUGUGAACCUUUAAGUUUACAUGCACCAUCUGUAUUACUCCCUCCAUUUCAAUUUAUGUGAAUCCAUUUGACUGGCACGGAAUUUAAGAAAAGAUAGAAGACA